AUGAGUUCUCCUUCACCGAAUAUUAGCUCUGUAAAUUUCGACACUCCGAACAUUAUUGUCGUAUGUACAGAUAGACAUGUUAUUCUCAACAAAAUUCCAGAAUUUACACUUUUAGCGCAUUGCACAGGAAUGAAAUUUUUACAUGCUGUUACAUUCAAUGAUUUGAUCGUUGCUGUUGGAGAUGGAGAUAUUCCUCCAUAUACAGCAUUCUUUCUUCAGAUUUUUCAGAAAGAUACAGGCGUUUUUAUAAGAAAAUUAGAAUUCCCAGAUAGAAUUCUUGAUUUAAAAGUUAAUUCAUCACAUUUAUUUGUUUCUCUUGAAAGUAUGAUACAUGUUUAUGAAAUAACAACUUUCCAUUCAAUAGCAACUAUCGAUCGCAAGUCUGCAAGCGGAUUAUUCACAGUUAACGAGAAUAUUAUCGCGUAUCCAGAUGACAGAAAGCCAGGAAGCGUCUUAAUUGCUGAUAUUCCUGGCUUCAGCGUCGUAAAUACGAUUCAAUGUCAUUCUGGAGCGAUACACAAUCUAUAUCUUUCCAAAACAUCAAAUACACUCGCUACUGCCAGUACGAAAGGCACGCUAAUUAGACUAUUUGAUUCAAAAACUGGCGAAAAAGUUGGACAAUACAGGAGAGGAUAUACACAAGGCGAUAUUAUUGCUAUGUCAUUGACACCAGAUUAUCUUUGCGCAUGUUCCCACCAAACUUUACACGUUUUUGGAAAAGAUGGAAGAUACGUUAAUCAAUCUCUUUCAGAUCCACCUCUCGCUUGCUUGAUUUCUGGAAAUAGAAUUACAGUUGCUCUCAAAAACGGAACUUCUUAUGAUUAUAUGAUUAAUCCAACGAAUUUCAAGAUAGAAAACGUUUCUCAGUAUCGUUUAGUACCACCUAUUGCUUUAUCGGCCAAACAUAACCGCCGCAUUACAUUAUAA